CGGGCGGCGAGGGCCAGAGCCCGGCGGCGCGCUGGGCCGGAGCCCGCGAUGGUGAUCUGCUGCGCGGCCGCGAACUGCUCCAACCGGCAGGGCAAGGGCGAGAAGCGCGCCGUCUCCUUCCACAGGUUCCCCUUAAAGGACUCAAAACGCCUGAUCCAGUGGUUAAAAGCUGUUCAGAGGGAUAACUGGACCCCCACUAAGUACUCAUUCCUCUGUAGCGAACAUUUCACCAAAGACAGCUUUUCCAAAAGGCUGGAGGACCAGCACCGCCUACUCAAGCCCACCGCGGUACCCUCCAUCUUCCAUCUCUCAGAGAAGAAGAGAGGGGCUGGAGGCCAUGGCCGAACUGGAAGGAAGGACACCAGCAAGGCCUCGGCGAGCGUGAGGGGACCCACAAACAGCACAGCUGGGAAAGGAGGCGCAGGGUCCUCGUCCUCUGGUGAAAAUCCAAUGGCCAAGCCAGAGUCAGGCAAGCUGAAGCGACCAGCCCUGCACGGUGACACCACACCUGAGGCCGCCACAGAGGCUGUCCGUUGGGAGCAGGAGCAGCAGUCUUUGGAAAGAACUCCAGGAGCUAGGAUGAUCACUCCAGUGGUAGGCAGCCAGGCAGAGGCGGGCCAUCAGAAUGCCACGUCCCUGGCGGACGUGAGCGGAGCAGACAAGAGUGGCAUUUCCAAGGACGACUUUACCCCGCCAGGGUCCGGGGCUUGCAAGUUCAUAGGCUCUCUUCAUUCUUACAGUUUCUCCUCCAAGCACACUCGAGAGAGGCCAUCUGUCCCUCGAGACCCUAUAGACCGAAAGAGACCGAAGAGAGAUGUGGAGCCAAGCUGCAGCGGGAAUAACCUGGGGCCUGACAAGAGUGUGGCCCAGAGCCCCCCCACCUCGUCACUCACAGCAACACCUCAGAAGCCUUCUCAGAGCUCCUCUGCCCCUCCAAACGAUGUCACCCCGAAGCCAGCCGCAGAAGCAGUGCAGAGCGAGCACAGUGAUGCUAGCCCCAUGUCCAUCAAUGAGGUUAUCCUGUCGGCAUCCGGGGCCUGCAAGCUCAUCGACUCCCUGCACUCCUACUGCUUCUCCUCCCGGCAGAACAAGAGCCAGGUGUGCUGCCUGAGGGAGCAGGUGGAAAAGAAGAAUGGCGAGCUGAAGAGUCUUCGGCAGAGGGUCAGCCGCUCCGACAGCCAGGUGCGCAAGCUGCAGGAGAAGCUGGAUGAGCUGAGGAGAGCGAGCUUCCCCUACCUGAGUGGCCUGCUGCCCCCCGGUCGUGAGCCUCCCCAGAUGAGCCCCGUGGUGGAGCCGCUGUCGUGGAUGCUGGGCACCUGGCUGUCAGACCCUCCGGGAGCCGGGACCUUCCCGACGCUGCAGCCUUUUCAGUACUUGGAGGAGGCGCACAUCUCCCAUGUAGGCCAGCCCAUGCUCAACUUCUCGUUCAAUUCCUUCCACCCGGACACCCGCAAACCGAUGCACAGAGAGUGUGGCUUCAUCCGCCUCAAGCCCGACAGCAACAAGGUGGCCUUUGUCAGCGCUCAGAAUACAGGCAUCGUCGAGGUGGAGGAGGGCGAGGUCAACGGGCAGGAGCUGUGCAUCGCAUCCCACUCCAUCUCCAGGAUCUCCUUUGCCAAGGGGCCCCACGUAGAGCAGAUUACUCGAAAAUUCAGACUGAAUUCUGAAGGCAAGCUUGAACAAACAGUCUCCAUGGCGACCACCACACAGCCCAUGAGUCAGCAUCUCCACGUCACCUACAGGAAGGUGACCCCGUGACCCUGUGAGUGCACAGCCCGGAGGGCCUGGCUCCGUCCAGCCCCAAGUCGGGGCCUGCUGUGGAGGAGCCGUGGCCGUGUUGUCCAGAUGUUGCUGUGAUGCCACAGAAAACCAAAUAAAAGGCCUUUAUUUUUA